UGUUUGAACGCAGAGCCAUGUGACUGCAUAAGUUUGUUCUGUAUUUAACUUCCUUGAUGAAUUUAUAUAACACGGCGCGUCUCUGCGUGUGAGUGCACACCCGUCCAGAAUGGCUGCCGCUGUGUCGUUGUUGAUCUUCGUCCUUGCUUUGUGGGUCCAGCCUUCGAUUCAAUGGAGGGGACACCACUGUCCUCAUGCCGUGGUUCACUAUGAAACCCGGAGAGGACACUGUACAGCACGUUGUUGGUGGUGGAGGUGUUGUGGCCAUGCAUCUGUAACUGUAGCCGUUUAUACCUCGCGUUAUAAGUGCUGUGCCGGGUGGACCGACUACAAUGGAAACCAAAACUGCAACAGACCAAUCUGUUACCCGCAGUGUGCUAACGGUGGGACCUGCACGUCUCCAGGAAGAUGUACAUGCAGGCCCGGAUAUUAUGGAGCGACAUGCACUGGAUUCGAUUGUAACCGUGAACGGCCCUGCUACCCUGGAGACUGUCAACGCAACGGUUUGAGCGUGGUGUGCAACUGCAUGCGUGACUUCAGUAAUCAAUAUUGUAAUCACCUGGAUGAUAACCAAACGCCGGAGGUCACACAGAUGACGGCACAGUUUUCCUACUGGGGAUAUGACGGUGAUACAAAGAGAGAGAUCUUUGGAUUUAUAGCGGAUGCAACAGGCAAGACAGAGGAGGUCAAAGUGUGGACAAACCGCCAAAAACUCAACAAGCUGAACGUGACUGCUGGGGCUAUGUUUAAAGGCCCAGAUCUACUAUACCCCCCUAACUACAUCAGGGAUGCCAAGACGGGGAUUGCCAGAGCCUAUUUCAAGCUGAGUGGACCCACUUUAGGAUCUGAAGACGAUGAGUUUCCAUGUGAUGAAGCCGUUGACCCCGAGAAUCCGAAGGAGAUGGUCCAAUGCUCUUUUACGAAAAAUGAUAUCUCCCGUUUGAAUGAGGGCGAGAGGUUAAAGUUGACCUUCCACGUUUCAAGUGGUGGCUAUCGAAGACUGACCGGAUUAAGCGCUUCAGCCACGCAGCACUAUACCGGCACUCAGGCUACCAGCACUGUAUCUUUCCACCUUGACAUGACUAAACCUGUGUACAACGACCCCAAUGAUGCCUUUCAGGUUCACCCAGAAUUCACAAAACAACCAAUCAACAUAAAAUGGGAUGGUUGGAGAGAUUUACAAUCUGGAUUGGACAAGUACACAUGGGAAGCCUUCAAACUUGAACCCAGUCCGAACGGAAGCUUGAUGGAAGUUGACAAGUUGAGACCUGUUGUUCACAGACAAGUUGACCACACCGAUCCAAUUUCCUAUCCUCUUCCCUAUGCCCCAGACAGACCAGGGAUGUAUUCCUUCGUCCUUGAAGCAGCCGACAAGGCCAAUAACUCUGUAUACAUGAGAAGGUUUGCUCUAUACGACAAGGAGUCAUCUGUUACGACUGAUCCAGACCAUGCCCUGUACAUAUCAUCAGCAGUGCAAGACCAUGGCUUCCAGUGGAUGACCGAUGCCUCCACGCCACUAGUCACCAACUGGCAAGAUCAUUUUCUGAACUACGUCCAUGAAAGUGGUAAAUUCCUGAACAGCAUCCUCCCCUUCCGUGUGAAGGUUGUAGAAGACCCACCCAUCUACAAGGAAGUACCUCAUACAAAUGAUGAUCAUUAUGGCAGAAGAACCAGAGCGGCUAUCCCCAAUGUACGUGGCAUUGUGAGGUUUGAGUGGACGCAUGCCGUCAACAAGAGUGGAGGCAGACCGCUUCACACACCAGUAAACUGGAAUGAUAUCUCCGGUCUGAACACAACAAAGCAGUCAACAGUUGCUGGUGUAACAAGCGGAACCACAGUUACUGUGUGGGUAAGAGCCCGGGACAUCCUUGACAACAGGAAAGUCGACUCGACAAGUGUAACCUACGACUUCACCGAACCACAGUUCACUUUGAUGGCAUUCCACAAAAAUGAAAAAUCCAACAUUCCCUUCAGUUCCGGUUUAACGGUGACCGCACACGAUGCAGAGAGUGGGCUCGACCAUCUUGAGGUCAAGGUCUUCAAUACAGAAGAUGGCAGCCUUCUGAGAACAAACAAUGUAUCCAUUCCAUCUAUCCACCCGCUUUACUGCACAGACAGGGUACACGACUGCUACUGCCCCAACGCCCUGAACGUGUGUUACAAACGGAUCAACAAAGUCUACAUCAGCAACUGCUGGCUGAUGGUGGCCGAGAACGCCCUAGCGACUGCCCAGGUUCGGCUGCAGGUGCGCGUUGUCAACAGGGCGGGGCUGAAGAGCUCCACAUAUGAGGAACAGGUGGUAACGAAGCUGUUGGAACUAAACGGUACCACGACCUACUUACCACCCUCAAACCUGAGAACCAAACGAUUGUCUUCAACAUCUAUCCGUGUUAUGUGGGACCACGCCCCUGCUUGCCACGAACGCACAGUUAUACUGGUCAGCUACCAGUCGGAUUCAGGGCCAGUCCAUGAGGUCUCCGUGCCCAAAGAUGACACAUCAUAUGACCUCACUGGCCUUGACCCCGACAAAAAAUACAAGGUUAUGGUGUCAGCGGGCUACGGGGCACAACGCAGUGAAGACAACGUGAAUGUCGUCGCGAAAUGUAAGUACACAUCUACCGUCAGUUGCUGGUGAUUUCAAGCCCGUUUU